AUGGACGCCGCGGGCCCUCUCUGGGUUUUCUUGAUUUUCCUGGCGCCUGGGGUCCUUGGUCAGUGUAAGCUGCUUCCUAUAUACCCUUUUGCUAAGUCUAACAUUGAGAGUGAUCAGUCUGAGUUCGCUGUUGGGACAACUUGGGAAUACAAAUGCCUCCCUGGGUAUAUCAAGAAGUCAUUCUUUAUCACCUGUUUAGAGACCUACAAAUGGUCAGAUGCUCAGCAUUUCUGUAAACGUAAAUCAUGUAUGAGUCCUAAAGAACUGCUCCAUGGCUCUGUACUUAUACCUACGGGUAUCACGUUUGGUUCAACCAUUACCUAUUCUUGUAAUAAAGGAUAUCGACUCAUUGGUGAUGCAUCUGCUACGUGUAUUGUCUCAGAUAAUACUGUAAUAUGGGAUAAGGAUAUGCCUUUUUGUGAAUCUAUUCCUUGUGAGUCACCCCCAGCCAUCUCCAAUGGCAACUUCCACAGCAGCAAUAGAGAGAGCUUUUACUAUGGAAUGGUAGUAACCUAUCGCUGUCAUGUUGGACAAAAUGGAGAAAAGCUCUUUGAUCUGGUAGGUGAAAAGUCGAUUUAUUGCACAAGUAACGACAAUCAAGUUGGCAUCUGGAGCCACCCACCCCCACAGUGUAUUACUGCUGCCAAGUGCCCAGUUCCAGAAAUUGAAAAUGGAAUUAUGGAAUCUGGAUUUAAACGUUCCUUCUUCUUAAAUGAUACUGUGAUGUUUAAGUGUAAGCCUGGCUUUACUAUGAAAGGCAGCAAUGUAGUGUGGUGCCAGCCAAACAGCAAAUGGAGUCCUCCACUGCCAAUAUGCUUCAGGGGAUGUCUACCACCUCCACGUAUCAACCAUGGUAAUUUUAACAAAAUGGAUGAGGAAUUAUUUACCACUGGACAGGAAGUGUCCUACAGCUGUCAGCCUGGCUACACUCUCAUUGGAACUAGUCUUUUGCAGUGCACAUCCUUGGGUACCUGGAGCCCCUCAGCUCCAGUAUGUGCAGUGAAGUCAUGUGAUGUCAUUCCAAGCCAACUUCUUAAUGGCCAUGUGUUUCCUCCUCCUAAUCUCCAGCUUGGGGCAGAGGUUUCCUUUGCUUGUGAUCAAGGGUUCCGGUUAGAUGGCAAAUCUUCUAGUCAAUGUGUCCCAGAAGGAGUGACAGUAAUCUGGAAUAAUAAGUUUCCUGUUUGUGAACGGAUUUCUUGUGACCCUCCUCCUCCUAUCAAAAAUGGUCAAGUUGUUGAUUAUUCUCUUCCCAUACCUACUGGUACUGUUAUAAGGUACACUUGCAAACCUGGCUUCCGUCUCAUUGGAGAGAAGGUUUUUCUUUGCAUAAGUAAAGACAAUGUGAAUGGCAUCUGGGAUAAAGCUCCUCCUGUAUGUGAAUCUUAUAAUAAAAAUUCCAUUUGCUCUGAGCCCAGAGUACCAAGGGCAUUCAGAAAUAGAGAAGCUAGAUCACCAUUCAGACAUGGUGAUUCUGUGACUUUCACCUGUGAAGCAAACUUUACUAUGAAAGGAAACAAAACUGUCUGGUGUCAAGCAAAUAAAACUUGGGGGCCGACACCACUGCCAAGUUGCGAGAAUGAUUUCCCGCUGAAGUGCCCACCACUUCCCAAGAUACAUAAUGGAUAUCACACAGGGCAAAAUGUUGACCAGUUUGCUCCAGGGUCCUCUGUCACAUAUACCUGCAAAGCUGGUUACUUGCUUGAUGGACAAAAGACUAUUAAGUGCUUAUCUUCAGGACACUGGAGUGUUGUUACUCCUACAUGCAAAGAGGCCCAAUGUGAACCUCCAGGACAGUUUCCUAAUGGACAGGUAAAAAAGCCUCCAAGUCUUCGGGUUGGUACAACUAUAAACUUCUUCUGUAAUGAAGGGUAUCACUUACAAGGACCACCUUCCAGUCAGUGUGUAAUUGCUGGUCAGAAUGCUAUUUGGACCAAGAAACCAGUAUGUCAAGAAAUUCUCUGUCCACCGCCUUCCUCUGUUCUCAAUGGAAGACACACAGGCAAUUCUUCAGCAAAUGCUCCAUAUGGAAGCACAGUCACGUAUACUUGUGACCCAGGCCCAGAGAAAGGAGUGAAUUACAUUCUUAUUGGAGAGAAGACCAUCUACUGUACCAUCAAUAGUCAGAAGACUGGAACCUGGAGUGGCCCUGCUCCACGCUGUGAACUUUCCACACCUGCAGUUCAAUGCCCACGUCCCCAGAUCCUAAGAGGGCAAAUGUUAUCUGUUCAGAAAGAUCAGUAUUCCUAUAAUGACACUGUGGCAUUUGCUUGUGAGCCUGGCUUCAGCUUGAAGGGCAGCAGAAGUAUCCGAUGCAAUGCGCAAGGCACAUGGGAGCCCUCAGCACCACUAUGUGAAAAGGAAUGUCAGGCCCCUCCUAAAAUCCUCAAUGGGCAAAAAGAAGAUACACAGACGAUCCACUUUGAUCCUGGCUCAUCCAUCAAAUAUAGCUGUGACCCUGGCUAUAUACUUGUGGGAAAAGAAACCAUACAUUGCACCACUGAAGGGAAGUGGACACCCACUGUCCCUCAUUGCAAAGUGGCAGAUUGCAAACCAAUAGGACCACAUCUCUUUAAGAGACCUCAGGAACAAUUUAUUAGACCAGCUGUGAACUCUUCUUGUGAUGAAGGGUUCAAGUUAAGCGAGAGUGCUUAUCAGCUGUGUCAAGGUACAAUUCCUUGGUUUAUAGAGAUUCGACUUUGUAAAGAAAUCACCUGCCCACCACCACCCAGUAUCCACAAUGGGACACACACUGGUAGUUCCUCAGAAGAUGUCCCAUAUGGAACCGUGGUCACGUAUACAUGCCAUCCAGGGCCAGAGGAAGGAGUGCAGUUCAACCUCAUCGGGGACCACACCAUCCACUGUACACAUGACAGUCAAGAGAGAGGCAUCUGGAGUGGUCCUGCUCCUCUCUGUAAACUUUCCCUCCCUGAUGUCCAGUGCUUAGAUGUCCGCAUUGCAAAUGGAUACACGCUAUCUGGCAAAGUAACCCCAUAUUUCUACAAUGACAGUGUGACAUUCAGGUGUAAUACUGGAUAUGUUUUAAACGGUAAUACUCAGAUUCGUUGCAAAGCUGAUGGCACCUGGGAUUCUGAAAUACCAGUUUGUGAAAAAGAAGGAUGUGAGCCUGUGACAGAAUUUCAAGAGUUUCCUGAUGAUUCUCAUGUGCAACUAGUGAAUAGGUCCUGUCAAGAUGGGUAUCAGUUAACUGGACAUACUUACGAAAAAUGUCAAGAUGCUGAGAAUAGUGUUUGGUUCCAAAAGACUCCAAUUUGUAAAGUUAUUCACUGUUUACCUCCACCAACAAUGGACAAUGGAAGGCACACAGGCAUGAAGGCAGAGCACUUCCUGUAUGGAAGUGAAGUUUCAUAUGAAUGUGAUCAGGGAUUCUAUCUUCUGGGAGAGAAAAGCUUACAGUGCAGACAUGAUUCUGAAGGACGUGGAUCAUGGAGUAGACCUCCUCCCCAGUGCUUACCACUUUCUCCUGUAACUCACUGCCCUGAUCCAAAAGUCAAACAUGGAUUCAAGCUCAAUCAAACUCAUUCUACAUAUUCAUAUAAUGACACAGUGCAUGUUGCCUGCAGUCCUGGCUUCAUCAUGAAUGGAAGUAAUUUGAUAAGGUGCCAUACUAAUAACACAUGGGUACCAAGUAUACCAACUUGUAUCAGAAAGGCUUUCUUAGGGUGUCGUUCUCCAUCCACCAUCCCCAAUGGGAAUCAUACUGGUGGGAAGAUAGCUCAUUUUUCCCCUGGAAUGUCAGUCUUGUACAGCUGUUACCAAGGCUACUUUCUGGAAGGAGAGGCACUUCUUCUCUGUACAUAUGAAGGAACCUGGAGCCAACCUGCCCCUUAUUGUAAAGAGGUCAACUGUAGUUUUCCUGGGAAUGUGAUUGGAAUCCAGAAGGGGCCGGAGCCUGGCAGGAUGUAUCCAUAUGGAGCUACUAUCAAUUUGGAAUGUGAGAAUGGAUACAUCUUGGAGGGCAGCUCCCAGAGCCAGUGCCAGAGCAACCACCAAUGGGAUCCUCCCCUCGCUGUCUGCAAAUCCCGCUCAUCUAUUCCUCUUGUUUGUGGUAUUUUUGCAGGUUCAGCACUUCUUGUCUUCUUGGUUGGUAUCAGUCUGUACAUGAUAUUAAAAGACAGAGAGCGCAAUUAUUAUACAAACACAAGGCCUAAAGAAAGAACUCUUCAUGUAGAAGCUCAAGAAGUAUAUUCUGUAGAUCCAUACAGCCUAGCAAGUUGA